AUGGCUCAACCAUGCAUGAUUGCAACAUGUCGACGUGUAUCACAAACAUUAUGUUAUGGAUGUCAACAAAAUUUUUGUCGUGAUCAUAUAAUUGAACAUGAUUUAUCUCUUAAUUCACAAUUAAAUCCAUUAUCAGAUGAAAUUAAUGCACUUGGUGAACGUUUAAAAUCAGUUAAUCUUGAAAAUGCUAUUGGAAAUUCACGUAAAAAACUUGAACAAUGGCGUAUUGAUUGUCAUAAAACAAUUGAUGAUUUUUUUGAACAAAAAUGUCAUGAACUUGAUCGAUGUAUUAGAAAAAAAAUGGAAAAACAACGUGAAGAAAUACGUCGAAUACGUAUAAAAAUGUCAGAUUUAAUACGUGAACAAGAAGCAACACAUAAAGAUAUUGAUUUAUUAACAAUAACUGUACGUGAUCUUGAACAUGAAAUAAAUAAAAUUGAACAAAUAUCAUUUCAAAUUGAAAUAAAAUCUUUAGUUUUGGAUGAUAAUUUAAUAUAUAUUGAAAAUUUAGAUAUAAAUCAUUUUGAUUUAAUAUCAUUAUCAUCAAUUUAUAAAACAAUAAAUUAUCCAAGAGAAAAUUGGACACCAUUAACAUGUAAUAAUCAAUAUUUAUUAAUACAUCAAGAACCAAAUUUAUGUUUAGUUGAUCAAAAUUUAAAUAUAAUUAAACAAAAUUCAUGGAUAUAUGGUACAAUUUAUGAUAUGUGUUGGUCAUCAACAUUAAAUCGUUUUAUUGUUAUAAAUGGUAGUGAUGUUUUUUUUAUUGAUGAAAAUUUUAUAUCUAUUGAAAAUAUUCAAACACUUCAAAAAUGUAAAUGGUUAUCAUGUACAACAUCUGAAACAUCAUUAUUUUUAUCAACUAAAGUAUGGGGUUCAUCAAUAAUGGAAUUUAGUUUAUUACCAACAAUUAAACUUAUUAAACAAUGGCAAUCACCAGAUACAUGUACACGUGAUGAAGUUAUUAAUGGAAUUGUUUAUAAUAAUGAUACACUUGCUAUGAUGAUUAAAAAUCCAUCAGAAAAAACUAUACAUAUUGAAAUAAGAUCAUCAAUAACAUUAGAUCGAAUUUGGUCACUUAAACUUAAUAUAGCAUAUAGUCAAAAUAUACGUACUCGAUGUUGUUUACUUCCUAAUGAUCAAUGGCUUGUAGUUGAUCGAAAUACUUCACGUAUAUUUCAUAUAACUAAAGAUGGAAAAGUCAAAUCAUCAAGUGCAUAUAAUCCACCACCAUUUUGUGCUGUUUUAUUCGAUCAUAAUAUGUUAGCUAUAUCAACAGCUCGUGGUGUAAACAUACAUAAACUCUAG